CUCCAAUGGAAGAUAAGAACUUUUUAAAGUACUUUGAAGAACUAGCAAACCCAGAUGAUGCGAUCAAAAAGCAGUCUGCACAAAAGAUAGUUGAGACUCUGAAUGUCUCUGAUGCUCUUAGCAAAGAUGAUCAUAUCAACAAGUACUCCAAACUUGAUGAGAAGGUUCAAAAAAUGCUUGAAAGAUACAUGAAAGGUGAUCUUGGAGAAGUAUCUCCUGAUCUCAACUACACUAUCAAGAAGUUGAUCUCCGGUAUCACAGAGCAAAUCGAAAGCUUUGUCAAAGGAUACUUCCUUGCUCUGACUCUUAUCGUUCAGAGAUUCAAAGACAAAAUCGACUUCAGUAAGCUCAUCAACUAUGCUGUGGACAAGACAAGUCUUUCUAAAGCCAAGACUAAAUCUCAGAGAAAGGAACUCGCAUUUGGACGACUCUUGAUAUUCUCGGCUUUGUCUCAAGCAUCUGUGUUUGAAACCAGCCAUUCUCUUGACCAGAGUCAACUAGAAGAACUUGUCAAUAGUUUCUUCUUUGAGGUCAGCAGAAUUUUCAACCAGCAGCACCAGUUCAGAGAAAGUGCUCUGAAGACGAUUGAGAAGACCUUCGACCACUUGUCAGAAACUAACCCUAAAGCUUUGGGUAAAGCUACUUCUACAGUUCUAAAGUACACUCUGCUGAAGCCAACUGAAGAGUUGAAGGACCCAAAUGAUGUUCUCAAAUACAAAAUCUCCACUGACGCCGACUACCUGUCGUUGUUCUUCAUCAUCAAGAACAAGCAAAGCAGCAUUCCCAAGACUUUCAGGCAGCUUGACGAGAUCCAGGUUUUGCUGAACUGGUCGUUCGAAGAAGACUCCAAGUACAUUUUUAAACAACUCAGAAAGAUGUUUAUUCAAGAAACCGUGGUGUUCGCAUUCCCAAGGCCUCACAGUGUUGUCAGAUACCUUGUUGGGUACCUCACUUCGCUUAACUCAACUAAAAUCGUAAAGUCUCUGUGGAAGAUCGUGUUUGAGCAAUACUGCUUCAAUGAAACUCAGCUGUACACUGAUGAUAUUAACAAGAGAGCUAAAAUGUGUUUGAACAACCUUGGGUUUUACACUUUCCAGCACCUCUUGGACAGCCCAAUCAGCAAGGAUAUCAUCUUGAGCCUGCUCACUCCCAACUUCGUCAGAGUGUGGGUCAAUAGAACCAACAAGCGAAGAAGAAACAGAAUUGAGUCAGUCGAACAACUUGACCACAAAUUCAAGCAAUGGAUCACUGAAAAUGCACAAGAUAUUGAUUCUCAGAUCAAGCUUGAGCUCAUCAAGAAACUUUUCGGACCAAAUGCUCAGCUGAGGUUCACGUUUAAGAGCAACUUCAACUUGUACAUGCUGAUUGCUGAAGAUCUUCCUGAAGAGUCUAUCCAAGAGUACAUUUCAUAUGGUGAAACACUUUUCAAGACUCCUGAUCUCAACGAGUUUUAUCCAGAAAACAAGGCUGAAGAGUCCAGCUCUGACAACGAUGAAGAGGGCAAGCAACAGCUCAACUCUAACAAAGAAGACAACAUCAGAAUAUUUGUGCUGAACUUGAUUGUCAACACAGUGACAAUCUUUAAGAAUCACUCUGAGACAACACUCAAAGAAAUCAUCAACUUUGUGGUGUAUCAGGCUUUCUUCCAAGAAAGCCUCUCGGACAAGAUGAAAGAGUUUGCCAAAGACAAACUGUUCGGCCUUGUUGACGGUCUGCACAAGAGAAAGUCCAAUGUCCAGUUCAAGGAUGAUGUGACUUCUCAAAGUCUGGGUCUUACAUUCACCAACACUUUCUUGGAAAGCAAGUCUCUCUGGAUCAACGAGAUCAAUAAGACCAUUGGCAGAUACGCUCUCGAAGGAAAUGAGUUCAACUCUCUUGACCAGAUCGAUACAGAGGAAGAGUCAAAGGCUACAAAGAACCCUGCGCCUAAAGAGAACACUCAUGAACUCAAACUCGAGGUCCACAAAGCAUUCAUGGAGUUCGGCUCGACCAUCAAGAAGAGCAGAAAGAAAAUCUAUAAAAAGCUUGGCAAACUCAGCAAAGAUGACAAGCAAACAAAAGAUAGGUGCAAACAUGUGUUCAAGAAAGUUGUUGGCCUUGAAAUCUUAGUGUACGCUCUUGCCCUGUUCAGUCCAGUUACGCCUGAAGAGACAAAAGAAGACCUUACUGAAAUCCAGCUCAGCUAUGAGAAGAUCAACCUUGAACACGAAAUUGGAGAAGCUUUUACUGGCAAGAGAACAAAGAUGACUGAGCAACAAGAAGAAGAGAAGGACCAGGCUUACCAAAUUCUGUUUGACUUCUUGAUCUCUUUGUUGACUAGACAGAACUCUACUCUCAGAGAGAUCACUAACUUCACAUUCAAAGCAUUCUGUUCAGAAUUAAAUGAAGGUUCUCUUGCAAACAUUCUGUCAAUCCUGAACACUCCAAACCAAGAAGCCAACAAGAUCCUUAUCACUGAAGAAGAAGAGCAUCCUCUCGUCGAAGUUGAUGAAGAAGUCGAAGCAGAAGAUGCCAGCGCAGAAGAUUCAGAGGUCUCAGAUAUCUCUGUCGAAGCAGAAGAUGAUGAAGACGAUGAAGAGUAAACACACUGCUUGAUUCACUCUACAACAAUGUGAAAUGGAGACCCUCUGAUUUACAAUUAUUCAAUACUC